GUUAUUUCACUGCUUCUUCUGCAUGCAACGUUAGCAAAGAAUAUAGUACUUUCAUCAUGAAGGUUGGGAUCACCGCUCUUGUGGCAGGAAUUGUUGGUGCUAUUGGCAUCAUCCUAUUUUUGGUAGCAUUUGGGACUGAAUAUUGGUUACUUGCAACAGAGACUUGUGGAAGUUUUGAUUCUAACAAUGGAACUGUGGAUAUUGAAGAAGAGUAUGAUGAAGAUAUGAGAGAUUAUGAAGAAAUGUCAGUGAUUUACCAUCAUGAAGGCUUCUUCUGGCGUUGUUGGUUUUUUGGAGAUGACCUACAAACUUCAGUUUGGAAAUACUGGUUUAUGAACCAGCCUCAUCCUAAGCGCUGUAUUCCUGGAUAUCUCUUUCCCAUGCAAAUUACUGUUGGGCCUUUCCCACAUCCAUCAUUUGAUGCAACUGCAGUGUACAGAGGCUUCUGGACAAUCUUCAUUAUAUUAGGUGCUGCUUCUGGUCUGUCAGGAGGAUUUCUGCUGGUGUAUGGGGUGCCCUUCGCCAGUGCUGGAUGUUAUAAAGUAGGAGGUGGCUUCCUGAUGAUAUCAGGAGCCCUGUUCAGCCUGAUCCUCAGCCUGUUCGUACUAUGGAAAGAAUAUGCUGUUGAUUUUCCAAAAUAUAUAUCUAUAGAAAGGAGCAACAAGUGUGUUCCAGAAAAUGUCCUCAUUGAUAUAAAAUAUGGAUGGUCUUUCAUGUUUGCUGCUUUUGGAACUCCCUUUGUAUGUAUGUCAGGAAUUAUGUUUCAUUUCAUUGGCCAACAUCUUGAGAUGUUUAGGAAAUAAAAAAGAUGAAAUGCCAAGAGAGAACAGUAAAAUCUGGUCACAUUUCUGCAGGGUACUGGACAAAAAACAAUUUGAGACUUGGAAUGUAGCUAAGUACUCAGAGGGUUAUUUACUAUCAGUACACAUGUAUAACAUGGCAUUGCCAAAUGAAUGCUAUUGGCAAAGGGGUGCUGCAAAGUAAGAGUUAAGAAAAAUCAUUUCUAAGGAAACUUUGGGGAAUCUCAAAUUUGCCAUCUCAAUGAAGAGACAAAAUGUUUGGCUCUGAGUUCUGAAAAACAUCACAACUACUUACAAGGGUAAGAGGGAUCUCAAAUUCUCUGGUGCUAUUAUUUAAUUUCCAGUCUUUCCAAAGUUAAGCCAAUUUAUCAUAGGACUUUUCUUUUUAUGAGUAGUUAAGUUUGAAUCAUUUGAUUUAUUCAAAAUAUCCAAUUAACUAAAGCUAAUGCACAAGGGUAG